AUGUACCGCUCACCGCCCACCUCACACCAAACGUACUGCUCACCACCCAUCUCUCACCAAACGUACUGCUCACCGCCCACCUCACACCAAGCGUACUACUCACCACCCAUCUCACACCAAACUUACCGCUCACACCAAACGUACUGCUCACCGCCCACCUCACACCAAGCGUACUGCUCACACCAAACGUACUGCUCACCGCCCACCAAACUUACCGCUCACACCAAACGUACUGCUCACCGCCCAUCUCACACCAAACGUACUGCUCACCGCCAAUCUAACACCAAACGUACUACUCACUGUCCAUCUAACACCAAACGUACUGCUCACCGCCCAUCUCACACCAAGCGUACUGCUCACCGCCCAACUCACACAAAACGUACUGCUCACCGCCCAUCUCACACCAAACGUACUACUCACCGCCCAUCUCACACCAAACGUACCGCUCACCACCCAUCUCUCACCAAACGUACUACUCACCGCCCAUCUCACACCAAACGUACUACUCACCGCCCAUCUCACACCAAACGUACCGCUCACCACCCAUCUCUCACCAAACGUACUGCUCACCGCCCAUCUCACACCAAACGUAAUGCUCACCGCCAAUCUCACACCAAACGUACUGCUCACCACCCAUCUCACACCAAACGUACUGCUCACCGCCCAUCUCACACCAAACGUACCGCUCACACCAAACGUACUGCUCACCUCCCAUCUCACAUCAAACGUACUGCUCACCUCACACCAAACGUACUGCUCACCGCCCAUCUCACACCAAACGUACUGCUCACCUCACACCAAACGUACUGCUCACCGCCCAUCUCACACCAAACGUACUGCUCACCGCCCAUCUCACACCAAACCCCAUCUCACACCAAACGUACCGGCCACCGCCCACCUCACACCAAACGUACUACUCACCGCCCAUCUCACACCAAACGUACUGCUCACCGCCCAUCUCACACCAAACGUACCGGCCACCGCCCACCUCACACCAAACGUACUACUCACCGCCCAUCUCACACCAAACGUACUGCUCACCGCCCAUCUCACACCAAACGUACCGCUCACAGCCCAUCUCACACCAAACGUACCGGCCACCGCCCACCUCACACCAAACGUACUGCUCACCGCCCAUCUCACACCAAACGUACUGCUCACCGCCCAUCUCACACCAAACGUACUGCUCACCGCCCAUCUCACACCAAACGUACUGCUCACCGCCCAUCUCACACCAAACGUACCGCUCACAGCCCAUCUCACACCAAACGUACUGCUCACCGCCCAUCUCACACCAAACGUACUGCUCACAGCCCAUCUCACACCAAACGUACUACUCACUGUCCAUCUAACCCCAAACGUACUGCUCACCGCUCACCUCACACCAAACGUACUGCUCACCGCCUACUUCUCUUUGUUACCAUUUGCAUUUAUUUCUAUCCCACUGUGUUUUUCUAA